AUGCGUUUAUCCUCCUUUUGGCGCUGCGCUGCCGCCGUUGCUGCCUUGGUUCCCUCGCUUGCGACCGCCGAAGAUGCAGAUAACCCGAGCGGCCAGUCCACCUUUGUCUCCCCCGAUAAGGAUUUAGGCUUCGCCUUCACCAUUGGCAACGAGGAUGUCAACGACUACUUUGUGACGAUGCGCCUCAAGACCACGCGCUCCUGGGGCGCCAUUGGUCUCGGCAGCCACGACAUGGCCGGCGCUCUCUACUUUGUCAUGUAUCUCAACGAAAAGGGCGACAAUGUCACCUUUUCCCCGCGCCUCGCCUACGGCAACUACGAGCCGUUCUUUUACGAUUCCAUGCGUUGGGAGCAUUUGCCCGGCACCCGCGUCCAGGACGGCUACGCUACGCUCUCAUUUCGCUGCAUCGAAUGCCAGAACUGGCCCGGCGCCGACUCGGGCAAGGGCUACCUCGACCUCAACUCCAACAGCCAAAAAUCCAUCUGGGCCCUCGGCCCCCGCCAGAAACUGCACUCCGACGACCAAAAGGCCGCCCUCCGCUAUCAUGAGUCCCACGGCGUCUUCAGCAUCGACAUGGCCCGCACAAAGGGCGCCUCCGACACGCCUGUCCUCACAGACAAGUCGGUCGACGAGGGCAUCACCCAGGUCGAGCACGCCACCAAGCUGUUUGAUGUCAAGUCAUCCAUGCACGCCGCACUCAUGACGCUCGCCAUACUGGUCCUCUUUCCGUUGGGCAUUGUGCUGCUGCGCGUCGGUCGUUGGGCCAGCUGGCACGGCGUCAAUCAGGCCGUGGCUCUUAUUAUUGUCCUCGCAGGCUUCGGCAUGGGCAUUGCUACUAGUGCCCACUACAAUCGCUCCAAGAAAUUCAACUCGGCGCACCAAAUCAUCGGCUUCCUCGUUGUUGCUUUCCUGCUCGGACAGUUCACACUAGGGGUCAUGCACCAUCUCGAAUACCGACAGACGCGCGCUCCGACGAAAUACGGCAAGAUUCACGUGGUGCUCGGCAAUGGUGUUCUCCUCCUGGCCGUGUUCAACAUGCUAUACGGCUACUUCUUUGCCAUGAACUACGCAGCCGCCCUCGGCCUUUGCAUCACCGUCAUGGUCCUUUGCCUUGCCGCUCUGUUCUUUAGCAUCCGCCAGAUUCGCGCCGCUAAGAAACGUCGCAUCGCCGCUGCCUUUGGUGCUGCUCAGGCCGCUUCAUACGGCGACCGAUGGACCGACAAUGAGCCCGGCGACACGCGAGGCGAUCAUGAUCCUCUUCCUAACCCCACCGUCAACAAGCCUCCUAGCUCACCGUCGCCGUGGAAGAGCGGCAGCGGCCGCGGGUCUUAUGAAGACGAAGGCCACGAAUUGGGCUCCCGGACAAACAAGACGUUCUCCUGA